GACUCUGAAUCAUAAUAAAAUACGUCGGUCUACCCAGUGUUCUCUUAAUGCCAUAGACAUUGCCUAGCCUGUACAUCAUUGACAAUGGCUGACCAUCACACUUCAGCAACCAUGGCGACGGACGCAGACAAGUUCCUGUACGUGGACCGCAACAUGGUCAACAACCCUCUGGCCCAGGCAGACUGGGCCACCAAGAAGCUGGUGUGGGUGCCGUCGGAGCGGCUGGGCUUCGAGGCGGGAUCUGUGAAGGAGGAGCGAGGUGAAGAGUGCCUGGUGGAGCUGGCAGACUCUGGCAAGAAGGUGAAAGUCAACAAGGAUGACAUCCAGAAGAUGAACCCGCCCAAGUUCAGCAAGGUGGAAGACAUGGCCGAGCUCACCUGCCUGAACGAGGCCUCUGUGCUGCACAACCUCAAGGAGAGAUAUUACUCUGGCCUCAUCUACACAUACUCUGGGCUCUUCUGUGUGGUUAUAAACCCCUAUAAGAAUCUGCCCAUCUACUCAGAAGAGAUUGUGGAUAUGUACAAGGGCAAGAAGAGGCAUGAAAUGCCCCCCCAUAUUUAUGCCAUCACUGACACGGCCUACAGGAGCAUGAUGCAGGACCGUGAAGACCAGUCCAUUCUUUGCACAGGAGAGUCUGGUGCUGGGAAGACUGAGAACACCAAGAAGGUCAUUCAGUAUCUGGCCCAUGUGGCCUCUUCCCACAAGACCAAGAAAGACCAGACCAGCUCGUUCCUGUCACAUGGGGAGCUGGAGAAGCAGCUGCUGCAAGCUAACCCCAUCCUGGAGGCCUUUGGAAACGGAAAGACUGUGAAGAACGACAACUCAUCUCGAUUCGGAAAAUUCAUCAGGAUUAACUUCGAUGUCAACGGAUACAUCGUGGGGGCCAACAUUGAAACCUACCUGCUGGAGAAGUCCCGUGCCAUCCGCCAGGCCAAAGACGAGAGGACCUUCCACGUCUUCUAUUACAUGCUCACUGGUGCUGGAGACAAACUGCGCUCCGAGCUGUGUCUGGAGGGCUACAACAACUACCGCUUCCUGGUCAAUGGAAACGUGACCAUCCCUGGCCAGCAGGAUAAGGACCUGUUCACCGAGACCCUGGAGGCCUUUAGGAUCAUGGGCAUUCCAGAGGAUGAGCAGAUUGGUCUGCUGAAGGUGGUGUCUUCCGUGCUCCAGCUGGGCAACAUGAGCUUUAAGAAGGAGCGCCAUUCAGACCAGGCCUCCAUGCCUGACGACACGGCUGCUCAGAAGGUGUGUCACCUGAUGGGCAUGAGCGUGACAGACUUCACCCGUGCCAUCCUGUCCCCUCGUAUCAAGGUGGGCAGGGACUACGUACAGAAGGCCCAGACCCAGGAACAGGCUGAGUUUGCAGUGGAGGCCCUGGCCAAGGCCACCUACGAGAGGAUGUUCCGCUGGCUGGUGAUGAGGAUCAACAAGGCCCUGGACAAGACCAAGAGACAGGGAGCCUCCUUCAUCGGCAUCCUGGACAUCGCUGGCUUUGAGAUCUUUGAGCUGAACUCAUUUGAGCAGCUGUGCAUCAACUACACCAACGAGAAGCUGCAGCAGCUGUUCAACCACACCAUGUUCAUCCUGGAGCAGGAGGAAUACCAGAGGGAGGGCAUCGAGUGGAGCUUCAUCGACUUCGGCCUGGACCUGCAGCCCUGCAUCGACCUGAUUGAGAAGCCUGCUAGCCCCCCUGGUAUCCUGGCCCUUUUGGAUGAGGAGUGCUGGUUCCCCAAAGCCACUGACAAGAGCUUUGUGGAGAAGGUCCUGCAGGAGCAGGGCACCCACUCAAAGUUCCACAAGCCCAAGAAACUGAAAGAUGAGGCUGACUUCUGCAUCAUUCACUAUGCCGGGAAGGUGGACUACAAGGCUGACGAGUGGCUGAUGAAGAACAUGGACCCUCUGAACGACAACGUGGCCACGCUGCUCAACCAGUCCACUGACAAGUUUGUGUCUGAACUGUGGAAGGAUGUGGAUCGUAUCGUGGGCCUGGAUAAGGUUGCAGGGAUGUCUGAGAUGCCUGGUGCCUUUAAGACCCGUAAAGGCAUGUUCCGCACGGUGGGCCAGCUUUACAAGGAGCAGCUGUCCAAGCUCAUGGCCACUCUGAGGAACACCAACCCCAACUUCGUCCGCUGCAUCAUCCCCAACCACGAGAAGAAGGCUGGUAAGCUAGACCCCCACCUGGUUCUGGACCAGCUGAGGUGUAAUGGUGUUCUGGAGGGGAUCCGUAUCUGCAGACAGGGCUUCCCCAACCGUAUCGUCUUCCAGGAGUUCAGACAGAGGUAUGAGAUCCUCACACCCAACUCCAUCCCCAAGGGCUUCAUGGAUGGCAAACAGGCCUGUGUGCUCAUGAUCAAAAGCCUGGAGCUGGAUCCCAACCUGUUCAGGAUUGGUCAGAGUAAGGUGUUCUUCAGGGCUGGAGUGCUGGCUCACCUGGAGGAGGAGAGGGACAUGAAGAUCACGGACGUCAUCAUCAGCUUCCAGGCCUGGUGCAGAGGCUACGUGGCCCGCAAGGCCUUUGCCAGGAGACAGCAGCAGCUGACCGCCAUGAAGGUGAUCCAGAGGAACUGUUCUGCCUACCUCAAACUCAGGAACUGGCAGUGGUGGAGACUCUUCACCAAGGUGAAGCCCCUGCUGCAGGUGAGCAGGCAGGAGGAGGAGAUGCAGGCCAAGGAUGAUGAGUUGAGCAAGGUGAAGGAGAGGCAGGAGUAUGCUGAGAUACAGCUGCAGGAGAUGGAGGUCAAACAGCACCAGUUGAGUGCUGAGAAGCAGGCCCUGCAGGAGCAGCUGCAGGCUGAGACAGAGUUGUGUGCCGAGGCUGAGGAGAUGAGAGCCCGUCUGGCCGCUAAGAAGCAGGAGCUGGAGGAGAUCCUUCAUGACCUGGAGGCCAGAGUGGAGGAAGAGGAGGAGAGAGCCACACAUCUGCAGACCGAGAAGAAGAAGAUGCAGCAGAACAUCACGGACCUGGAGCAGCAGUUGGAUGAGGAGGAGGCUGCUAGGCAGCGGCUGCAGCUGGAGAAGGUGACCACAGACUCCAAGCUGAAGAAGAUUGAGGAGGACGUCAUGGUUCUUGAAGACCAGAACAACAAACUCAUGAAGGAGAAAAAGCUAAUGGAGGAGCGUAUCUCUGAGUUCACCUCUAACCUGACUGAGGAGGAGGAGAAGUCCAAGAGCCUUCAGAAACUCAAGAACAAACAUGAGGCCAUGAUCACUGACCUAGAGGACCGCCUGCGCAGGGAGGAGAAGGGCCGUCAGGAGCUGGAGAAGAACCGUCGUAAGCUGGAGGGAGAUUCUACUGAUCUCCUUGACCAGAUAGCUGAGCUGCAGGCCCAGAUCGCUGAGCUCCGCGCCCAGCUGGCCAAGAAGGAGGAGGAGCUGCAGGCAGCCCUGGCCAGGAUUGAGGAGGAGGCAGCCCAGAAGAACUUGGCCCAAAAGAAGAUCCGGGAGAUGGAAGCCCAGCUAUCUGAGCUGCAGGAGGACCUGGAGCUAGAGAGGGCCGCACGCACCAAGGCUGAGAAGAACCGCAGGGACCUGGGAGAGGAGCUGGAGGCCCUCAAGACUGAGCUUGAGGACACACUGGACUCCACCGCUGCCCAGCAAGAGCUCAGGACAAAGCGUGAAACUGAGGUGAACCAGCUGAAGAAGGUUCUAGAGGAUGAAGGCAAGGUCCACGAGCAGCAGGUGGUGGAGAUGAGACUGAAACAUAGCCAGGCCUUUGACGAGCUCAACGAGCAACUGGAGCAGGCCAAGCGAAACAAGGUGUCGGUGGACAAGACUAAGCAGGCCCUGGAGAGUGAGCGUAACGAGCUGGCCAUUGAGCUGCAGACCCUGAUGCAGGGGAAGGGAGACUCUGAGCACCGCAGGAAGAAGGCUGAGGGUCAGGUCCAAGAGCUACAGGUCAAACACGGAGAGAGCGAGCGCCAGAGGAUUGAGCUGGCAGAGAGAGUGGCCAAGAUGCAGGCUGAGUUGGAGACUGUCAAUGGCUUGCUCAGUGAGGUGGAGGGUAAGUCCAUCAAAGCGUCCAAGGACUGCUCUUCUGUGGAGUCUCAGCUGCAGGAUGUGCAGGAGCUGCUCCAGGAGGAGACUCGUCAGAAGCUGUCCAUGGGCACUCGUCUGCGUCAGCUGGAGGAUGAACAGAACACUCUGAGAGAACAGCUGGAGGAGGAGGAGGAGGGCAAGAGGAAUGUGGAGAAGCAGCUGCUCACCGUGCAGGCUCAGCUGGCAGAGAUUAAGAAGAAGUCUGAGCAGGAGCGCUGUCUGGAGAGUGCUGAGGAGGGGAAGAAGAGGCUGCAGAGGGACCUGGAGGGGCUUGGCCAGCGGAUGGAGGAGAAGUGCAGUGCCUUUGAGAAACUGGACAAGACAAAGACUCGUCUGCAGCAGGAGCUGGACGACAUGGUGGUGGACCAGGACCACCUCAGACAGAUCGUAACCAACCUGGAGAAGAAGCAGAAGAAGUUUGACCAGAUGCUGGCUGAGGAGAAGACCAUCUCAUGCCGCUAUGCUGAGGAAAGGGACAAGGCUGAGGCUGAGGCCAGGGAAAAGGAGACCCGGACCCUGGCUCUGACCCGCGAGCUGGAAUCCCUCAUUGACAUGAAGGAUGAGAUGGACCGCGCCAACAAGCUGCUCCGUGCUGAGAUGGAGGACCUGGUCUCCUCCAAGGACGACGUUGGCAAGAGUGUACAUGAGCUGGAGAAGUCCAAGCGUGGCAUGGAUCAGCAGCUGGAGGAGAUGAGAACUCAGCUGGAGGCUGAGGACGAGCUGCAGGCCACGGAGGACGCCAAGCUGCGUCUGGAGGUCAACAUGCAGGCCAUGAAGGCCCAGUACGAGAGAGACCUGGCAGGACGAGAUGAGAUGGGCGAGGAGAAGAAGAGACAACUGGUCAAACAGGUGCGGGAGAUGGAGUUGGAGUUGGAGGAUGAGAGGAAGCAGCGAUCUGUUGCCGUGGCAGCCCGUAAGAAGCUGGAACUGGACCUGAAGGAGCUGGAGGCAGCCAUCGACAUGGCCAACAAGAACCGUGAUGAGGCCCUCAAACAGCUUAAGAAGCUCCAGGCCCAGAUGAAGGAGCUGCUGAGGGAGCUGGAGGACACUCGUAUGUCCAGAGAUGAGAUCAUGGCCCAGGCCAAGGAGAACGAGAAGAAGCUCAAGAGCAUGGAGGCCGACAUGAUCCAGAUGACAGAGGAGCUGGCUUCUGCAGAGCGUGUAAAGAGACAGGCCCAGCAAGAGCGAGACGAGCUGCAGGAUGAGAUCAACAACCAGGCCGCCAAGAAUGCUCUGAUUGCAGAGGAGAAAAGGAGACUGGAGGCUCGUAUCGCACAGCUGGAGGAGGAGCUGGAGGAGGAGCAGUGUAACACUGAGCUGGUCAACGAUAGGCUGAAGAGAGCUCUGCUGCAGACUGACCAGAUGACUGUGGAGCUGACGGCAGAGCGCAGUACCUCCCAGCGCCUGGAGGGGGCCCGCUCCCAGCUGGAGCGCCAGAACAAGGAGCUGAAGCUGAAGCUGCAGGAGCUGGAGGGAACUGUCAAGUCCAAGUACAAGGCCACUAUUGCCGCCCUGGAGGCCAAGAUCGCCCAGCUGGAGGAGCAGGUGGACAUCGAGACCAGGGAGAGGCAGCAGGCGUCCAAGCUGGUGCGCCGCACAGAGAAGAAGCUAAAGGAGGUCGUCCUCGCGGUGGACGACGAGAGACGCAACACAGAGCAGUACAAAGACCAGGUCAGGACUCAAAACAAGCUUCAACACAAUCCCAACAGCUUUACACCAGUAAACUUAGUCUCUAUUUUCCCCUGUGUGAUUCUAUUUUGAAUGUAUGUGAAUGAUUUUAAUGGAGUACAUUUAU